CAGAUUUGGCAUUCCUGGCCAUGAUCAAUUUCACUAGGCAAUGGAUGACCUGUUGAGACAAAUCAAAGCUGUCGAAAGGGCGGGAGUAGAAAAGCCCUGGGCAGAUUUGCUACCUGUUCUUAAGGCGGCUAGCUCUGCGGUAUUGUGCUCAUGUACCGUUGAUGGCCAGGACCCACUCGACCUUUUAAACCCGAAAGACCACAGCCUUGCUUACCUCUUCAUCCUAGUCGCGCGCAUGAAGGCGACCAAUGCUGAUGGAGGGGUUCUACUGCAAGCCGCAAUGCGCUUUGCUGAACAGUUUGAACGCGAUCAGGUUCUUUUGGCGCCAGAGCAAAUGACUGCUUACGGGGAAGCCACAGCCCGCCUGGCCGACAAGAUUGAUCGACCCAUAAGUUCAGUGCGUCCAAUACAAAUUGCUUGUAUCAGAUGGUCGGGUUCGAAAGGAAAUCACCUUACGUCGCUACAUCGUAUGGUUUUGAAGUGCUGCCUACUUGCAAAAACGUAUCGUGCUGCACUUCCUGUAUUGGAUCGGGAUAUAACUGAAAUAGAUCCUCAAUCCUACGACCUGAAAUACCAGGACUUCUUAUUGCAUUACUACUACGGAGGCAUGAUUUAUGUCGGAUUGAAGCGUUUCGAGCGGGCACUUCAGUGCUUCCAUCUGUGUCUCACGGCGCCUGGAUUCGUUGCGUCCGCAAUACAGGUCGAAGCCCAUCGAAAGUACAUCUUGGUAUCUCUCAUCUUGCACGGAAGAAGUGAGCCUUUGCCAAAGUAUACAAAUUCGGCCGUUUUUCGAGCAUGCAAGCAGUAUGGCGCAGCCUACCUCGAUUUUGCGCAUGCGUACGAAUCGCUCAACUUUACCCGGAUAGAGACUGAAUUCAGGAAGAGCGAGCAGCAAUUUGAAAUCCACGGCAAUCGGGGCCUUGUCAUGCAGUCCAUGACAGCGCUGGUUCGUCGCAACAUCCAGCAAUUGACGCAGACAUAUUUGACAUUAUCGCUAUCAGACAUCGCAAAGUCGGUAAAACUUUCCGGGGCAGCAGAGGCCGAGCGUAUCGUUCUGCAGAUGAUUGAGGAUGGGGAGGUAUUUGCAACAAUCAACCAAUGUAGCGGGGGAAUGGUGUCGUUCCGAGAUGCACCAGAGACCUAUAAAGCUAUCGAAACCAUGCGAAGGCUGAAGGGAGAAGUAACGCAGGCUAUUGAUCUUGGGGAGCGAGUAAUUAGAAUGGAUCGAGCCCUUGGUCUGUCCAAAGACUUCCUCUCAAAGAUCCUUCAUGGCGAACGAGGCCAAGGUGCGAAUAUUGGGACCGCGGAUGACGACAUGUUUGGGGAUGAUUCCAUAGGAGAGUAUUGGGCCGGAAAUCGAGGGGGGGCUUAGAAGCUCCUCAUGUAUAUAUCAAUACAUACAUUUCUUUUAAAACAGAGUAUGUAUAGAGGGAGAUCUCCAUUAUGAC